AAUGAGAAUUCGAGAAUCUUGCACAAAUUUUGUCAUACCAACAAUAAUGGCCGCUGUGCGCAGACUGGGAUUCUUAUUUAGGAGUUUGCCGUCAUCUCCACGGAAUGCUCUUUUUCGUUCUCCGGUGAAGGAUGGCCGAUGUAUAGGUAGGGGAAUAGCAGUUGCUGCGGGUUUUGCUACCGGAGGAGCGGUGUUGUAUUAUUAUUAUUCAGAUAUGUGCGGAUUCAGAGGGAGAAAAGCGCCGAAAAACGGAACGGGCUGUCGGGCUCUGCUGCCUUCACUACCCGCUGUAGCCGCAAAGGAGAAGGCUCCGAUGUUUGAUUUUGACGAAGGUGACGUGUACAUGUCGUCUCAUGAGCAUCGUUUCCGUCUCUUCAGCUCAGUGGAGUAUGAGGGACAGCUGUACAUGACUCCUCGGAACUUCAUCGAGUCAGUCACCAUGAGUGAGCCCCGCAUCAAAAAACCUUGGAGGUCCCUCAACAAACAGGAGCUGGAGAAGAUCUUGUCCGACACUCCACCAGUUUGGAAAGGAACGUCCAAGCUGUUCCGGAACUUUCGGGAACGAGGCAUCAUCGCUUACACGGAGUAUCUCUUUCUGCUCUGCAUUCUGACAAAGCCUCAUGCAGGCUUUAAGAUUGCCUUUAACAUGUUUGACGCUGACGGUAACCAGAUGGUGGAUAAACGUGAAUUUCUUGUGUUGCAAGAAAUCUUCCGAAAGAAAAAUGAGAAGAAAGGAAGAAAAGGAGAUGCGGAAAAAUCUGCUCAACUGAGUAUGCAGCUCUAUGGAUAUCAGGUUGCCCCCGUAAACAGCGUGCUAAAAAAAGAGAAUCAGGAGUUUGUGCCCAGGAGCUACUGGGACAUGCUGAGACGUGGCGCGAGCCAAGCCCUGUUUUCUGACCUGGCAGAGGAUUUUAAGCUAGAGCGUGCCGAUGAGAACAUGACGAUUGACACCACUCUGCUUGUGCACUUCUUUGGCAAGAAGGGGAAGGCGGAGCUGACGUUUGACGACUUCUACAGAUUUAUGGAUAACCUGCAAACUGAGAUGUUGGAGAUUGAGUUCCUGACCUAUUCCAAAGGCAUGACCACCAUCAGUGAGGAGGAUUUUGCACGAAUCUUGCUUCGCUACACUAACGUAGAGGAUAUCCGCAGCUAUCUGGAGAAUGUGCGGCAGUGCAUACCAGAUGAGAAGAAACCAAAGGGCAUCACCUUCGAAGAGUUCAGGUCUUUCUUUCAGUUUCUCAAUAACCUUGAAGAUUUUGCCAUCGCCAUGCAGAUGUACAACUUUGCUUGCCGUUCCAUUGGACAAGAUGAGUUUGCUCGAGCGGUGUAUGUCGCAACAGGCCUUAAACUGACCCGUCACCUGGUCAACACCAUUUUCAAGAUAUUUGAUGUGGAUCACGAUGAUCAGCUCAGUUACAAAGAGUUCAUUGGUAUAAUGAAGGACCGUCUGCACCGUGGAGGCAGGGGCUAUAAGGAUUUAGAGCGUUUCAUUUCAUUUAAAUCAUGUAUGAAGAAGGAACUGGCAGGCAGCAGGUGAACGCGGAACGCGACUUAUAUUUUUUCAGAAGGAAACUACUCUGGAAAUGUUUGAGAUGCUAGAGAUUCCAUCAUGAGAUCUACCUCAUCCUCUGUUAAUCUUGAAACCUUUGGAAACUCGGAUUGGGAUAGUGUCCCUGCAGUCAGCGCUCUGCAUGCUCUAGUAUCUGCACAUCUGCACGAUCAAACUUUGUCCUGUAAUCUGCUAUUAAUCUUGUUUGCAUGUAACCUGGAGUUUCAGUUGGUACAAGUUCAAUUUUUGUUUGUUUUGAAGUUACUCAAAUGUGUCCAAGCAGGGUAAAGAGACCAUUUUCUUGAUGUUUUAAGUAGGAUGAACUAAUCAUUAUGCCGUUUUAUUAAUUAUGUUUGUACUAUAUUGUACCUUGCAUUUUAUUAUGCCCAUUACAAACAAAACUAUUAAUCAUAUUUGGUUAUUGUAUCUGUCAGGAUUGUUUAAAUGCACCGAAUAAUACUGUGUGAAAGAGUUUGUUUUUGAAAGAGAUUAGUUCAUGUAUCAAUAAUGAUCAUUGCCUUAUUAUAUAUAUAUUCUCAUACAAUUUAUUUAUUUUUGAACAGGUAUGGCUGCACAAAGAUUGUAUAAGUUUGUCUUGGAGUUUAAGGACUUUAAGACUGUAAGUACUUGAUAAAUAGACUUGAAAUUCCAUAACAAUGUUAUUCAAGUCAAUAAAAUGGU